GGUGAUGGCGGGCAUUGCAGAGCCGGGCAUCGCAGAGCAUCUCUUAGGAACCACGGAGAGGACCGAGAUGUACUAGGGGGCAGGAGGCAGGCUUGGGAGGAGCAGCGAGCUGGGGGUGGUACCCCAGGAAAGCGUCUGAGGAACAGGGACAUUGGGGAGAAGCCAGCCAUGCAGUUCUUAGACCGGGAUGACUGUGUUUCUCUCUGCCCACCGUGUUUUCAGAGAGGGAGGCAUAAUGGAUGUCAAGUCAUGGGUGGCAUGAGGCCCCUGAGGGUCAGGGAAGGCAGACCCCAAACUCAGCCUUAGAAAGGGGAGGCUGCAGGGGGAGGGAUGUGUUUGGAAUGGAGUAGAGCAUUUGCAUGCGUAACAGGGCUGGGGCGAGGGAGAGAGGAAGUGGUAGAGAGAUGAAAGGAAAUUACCAUACAUCAAGAUCUUGUUAUUCAACCUAAUUUUCAAAGGGGCACAGCUGUCGUGCUGAGAUAAUCCGUUAAUUAUAACAGCCAUUGUGCUUUGGCAAUGGGAGAGAAACCGAGGCUGGGUUACAGGCCUGAAGGCUGGGGUGGGAAAGGGCCUUUGAGGGUCCAGGACCCCAGAGAGGGGCCAGGGAGAGAGGCAGAGUGGGGUGCUGGGCUCUCAGGACCAGAGGACAGAGCAGGGCAGGCACCGGGCCGCAGGUUCUGCGAUGAGGCCUGCCGCUUGCCAGUUGGCGCUAUUGCUCCUGAAGCCAGCCUCCAGAACCUUCCAUAACUCCUGGAGCAGUUAACUUUAUUGAGCAGUUACUAUGUGCCACACCCUGCUCCCUCUAAGCUGUUCCCUAUAGUGAGAGCCUUUCCUGACCCCUUUUUUUUCAGAAGAGGAACCCCCCCCCCCCAGGAAGGUAGCUUGUCAGGACCACUGAGUGAGGUAGCUAGCAGAAUCCCGUGUGAUCAGAGUAUGGCCCUGACCGUCCAAGGUAGCCUGAGAGACAGGACCCACUGAGUGGGUAGACACAGGAGCUUCCAUGGUUUAAGGCAUGUCAUCACCGUGGUCAUGGGUGGCCCUCCACCCCCACCCCCAGUGGUUUUUCCGGGGCCCUGGGUGUGGACAGAGCCUCCUUGUUCUCUGGGAUGCAGCUGCAGGCCCCCUGCGGCCUCCACAGCCGCCUUCAGGCUGGCCCCCAACCCCCAGAGCAACUACCCUCAGGGCCAGGAGAGGGUGUUCCAAGCCACCUCAGGUGGCACCUUGAUGGCCUUUGCCACCACCUGCCUGGAGGUAGGAAGGAGACAGACAGCUGGCUCAGUCUCUGGGUGGGGCUAAGAGUCCAGAGACACCUGGAUGCCCGCUGGGGUCUGGGAGAGGCAGGUGGGAGGCAGUGAGUGAUGGGAGGGAACCCUCACUGUCCGGGACCCCCAACCACUUGGUCCAACCUUGGCUCACAAGCCAGACUUAGGCCCCAUGUCCACGCAGCUUUGAGCAGGAACUCAGUGGAAGUCAUCUGGCAGAGUAGGGGGCUCCUUCUGAAAGUUCAGCUGGAACCCCCGUGUGACCCAGAAACCCAGGUAGCACUGUGGAGGGCAGGUGAGCAGCAGAGGUCCUCAGAAGGGGGCAGCAGAUGUGGGGCGCUCUGUGAAGAGCUCCCUGCUAAAAGCCAAGGGGAGGCCAGGAGUACAUGGGGCAGUUUUCAAGUCCUGGACAAUGGAUGUCUCCCAGCCGGGCCCAGAUUCAGUAAAUUGGCAGGACCAAAGAGCCACAGAUACAUUCCAGAACCCUAGACUCACCACUGGAGACUCCCCAAACAAUACCCCAUGCUGCUGGUGUCUUACAGUUGUGAGACCCAGAGCCACCGUGGGGUGGGGUGGUAUCUGGUGGGGAUGGAGGUGAAGGUCCACUGUGUGAGCUUGGAGCAGCCUGCUGGUGUUGCUGUUCCGGACUCCGAGAGUCCCUGUCUUGUUUGCCUCAUACCCGACAGUGCCCAGGGAUCAGGGCGCCAGUCAGGGGGGACCACACCUCCUGCUCUGGCCUGUAGCAGGCAGCUCUGUGGCUUCACCUGGUCGCCCAUGGUGCUAGUGGACUCCAGAAACAGGGAUGCAGCUUUCCACACUGCUAGCCAGCUAAAAACAAAAUUUAAUUACUGCCCAGAUGAAGCGGGGUCCCUUGGCGUUGCAUGAGUCAGAGCCUGAGGCCAAGGAGGAGACAGCCACUGCGUAGCAGCUGGAGAUUCAGUCCCCUCCUCUGCAUAGCCAGCGGUGCUCAGAACAGCACAGGCUCACAGGCCUGCUUCCCUGGGAUGAGCCAUCUUCCCGGAAAGCUUCCAGGCCUAGUUGCUGCCUUUUCUGCCCGUGUAUUCCCCUGAUAGGCCAGGCUGCCCCAGUGGGCUGCGUGGUCCAACCCGGAGCCUCCGCUUCUCCCCAGAGGUCCCCUGACAUACUGCCGUGCCUUGGACCCUAAAGAUAUUGGAAGGCAGGAAAAUGCCCACCCUUGGGACCCUGAAGGAGGAGCAGACUGCAGACAGAACCGAGAGGGUGGGCCUAGCCGGUGCCUGGUACAUAGUAGGUGUUCCAUAAAUGUUUAUUGAAUGAAUGAAUGGAGACCAUGCAGGCAGAGGCAGCGUGCGCGCGCAGGCACUGUGCGAGAGCGGGUCCAGUGGAGACCGGAACAGAUGGGCUUCUUCCUGUCGCCAUCUCACUCAGCAUCCCUCAGCAUUGCGCUCCUGGUUCCUGUGGGAACUGCUUGAAGAUCUGAGCCGGGAACCCAAGGGGAAGGGGAAGGAAGAGGAGGAAGAGGAAGAGUCAAAGCCUGAAACCUUGCAUACCUUUCCAACUGGAACCUGGAGUCACCACAACGCCCACUGCCUGCUUAUAGUCCUUCAGAGCAGCAGGCGCCAGCUGUGUCCGUCCUGCCCAAGACCCCUGUGCUGGGGGUCACCCCCAAGAUGGUGACGGCUCCAGGGAGGACUGUGCUUCCAGCCCCAGCCUCUGGCUGCUAGGUCCCUCUGUGUUCCGGCCCUUCACCCCAGCUGGGCCUCUAAGGGGCCAAAGCCUGGGGCCAUGCUGCGCCUGGGGCUGUGCGCGGCAGCGCUGCUGUGCGUGUGCCAGCCAGGGGCUGUGCACGCUGACUGCUGGCUCAUCGAGGGGGACAAGGGCUACGUAUGGCUGGCCAUCUGCAGCCAGAACCAGCCACCAUAUGAGACCAUCCCUCAGCACAUCAACAGCACUGUGCAUGACCUGCGGCUCAAUGAGAACAAGCUCAAAGCUGUGCUCUAUUCCUCCCUCAACCGCUUCGGGAACCUCACGGAUCUCAACCUCACAAAGAAUGAGAUUUCGUACAUCGAGGAUGGUGCCUUCCUGGGCCAGACGAGCCUGCAGGUCCUGCAGCUGGGCUACAACCGGCUCAGCAACCUGACUGAGGGUAUGCUGCGAGGCAUGAGCCGCCUGCAGUUCCUCUUUGUCCAGCACAACCUCAUUGAAGUGGUGACGCCCACCGCCUUCUCCGAGUGCCCCAGUCUCAUCAGCAUCGACCUCUCCUCCAACCGCCUCAGCCGCCUGGACGGUGCGACCUUCGCCAGCCUGGCCAGCCUGAUGGUGUGUGAGCUGGCUGGCAACCCCUUCAACUGUGAGUGUGACCUCUUCGGCUUCCUAGCCUGGCUUGUGGUCUUCAACAAUGUCACCAAGAACUACGAUCGCCUGCAGUGUGAGUCACCGAGGGAGUUUGCCGGUUACCCGCUGCUCGUGCCCCGACCUUACCACAGCCUCAAUGCCAUCACUGUCCUGCAGGCCAAGUGCCGCAACGGCUCAAUGCCCGCCCGGCCCGUGAGUCACCCCACACCCUAUUCCACGGAUGCGCAGAGGGAGCCUGAUGAGAACUCAGGCUUCAAUCCUGACGAGAUCCUCUCGGUGGAACCGCCGGCCUCGUCCACCACGGAUGCAUCUGCUGGGCCGGCCAUCAAGUUGCACCAAGUCACCUUCACCUCAGCCACCCUGGUCGUCAUCAUCCCCCACCCUUACAGCAAGAUGUAUGUUCUGGUCCAGUACAACAAUAGCUACUUCUCCGACGUCAUGACACUCAAGAACAAGAAAGAGAUUGUGACGUUGGACAAACUGCGUGCGCACACUGAGUACACCUUCUGUGUCACCUCGCUGCGCAACAGCCGCCGCUUCAACCACACCUGCCUGACCUUCACCACUCGGGACCUCGUGCCUGGGGAUCUAGCCCCCAGCACCUCCACCACCACGCACUACAUCAUGACCAUCCUGGGCUGCCUGUUUGGCAUGGUCAUCGUGCUGGGGGCUGUCUACUACUGCCUGCGUAAGCGGCGCAUGCAAGAGGAGAAGCAGAAGUCUGUCAAUGUCAAGAAGACCAUCUUAGAGAUGCGCUAUGGCGCUGACGUGGAUGCUGGUUCCAUAGUGCACGCUGCACAGAAGCUGGGCGAGCCACCGGUACUGCCUGUGGCCAGAAUGUCCUCUAUUCCCUCCAUGAUUGGAGAGAAACUGCCCGCCUCCAAGGGUCUGGAGGCCGGGCUAGACACACCCAAGGUGACCACUAAAGGCAACUAUAUUGAGGUACGCACAGGUGCUGCAGGGGACAGCCUGGCCCGGCCUGACGAGGAGCUCCCAGAAAUUGAAAAUGGCCAGGGCUCCGCUGCUGAGAUCUCCACCAUUGCCAAGGAGGUGGACAAGGUCAACCAGAUCAUUAACAAUUGCAUCGAUGCCCUCAAGCUGGAUUCAGCCUCUUUCCUUGGGGGUGGCAGCGGUGGUGGUGGCGGUGGAGGUGGGGACUCCGAUCUGGCCUUCGAGUGCCAGUCCCUCCCUGCGGCUCCUGCUGCCUCCUCAGCUGCCACUCCUGGGGCGCUGGAGCGGCCCAGCUUCCUGUCACCCCCCUACAAGGAGAGCUCCCACCACCCGCUGCAGCGCCAGCUGAGCGCCGACGCUGCAGUGAGCCGCAAGACCUGCAGCGUGUCGUCCAGUGGCUCCAUCAAGAGCGCCAAGGUCUUCAGUCUGGAUGUGCCAGACCACCCGACCCCCACGGGACUGGCCAAGAGCGACUCCAAGUACAUUGAGAAAGGUAGCCCCCUCAACAGCCCGCUGGACAGGCUUCCCCUGGUGCCCACGGGCAGCAGCGGGAGCAGUGGUGGGGGGGGUGGCAUCCACCACCUGGAGGUGAAGCCAGCCUACCACUGCAGCGAGCACCGGCACAGCUUCCCUGCUCUCUACUACGAGGAGGGAGCCGACAGCCUGAGCCAGCGUGUAUCCUUCCUCAAGCCACUGACCCGCUCUAAGCGAGACUCCACCUAUUCGCAGCUCUCCCCCAGACAUUACUACUCAGGGUACUCCUCCAGCCCCGAGUACUCGUCUGAGAGCACACAUAAGAUCUGGGAGCGCUUCCGGCCCUACAAGAAGCACCAUCGCGAGGAGGUAUACAUGGCUGCCGGCCACGCCCUGCGAAAGAAGGUCCAGUUCGCGAAGGAUGAGGACCUGCAUGACAUCCUUGAUUACUGGAAGGGGGUCUCAGCCCAGCAGAAGCUGUGACCCUCUCCUCCCCCACCGGUGAGGUGAUGGGGAGGAGGGCAGGGGGACUCGGGGGGAAGGGCCCCCCAACAGGGUGGCCGGGAGACGGGGGACAGGCCAAGGAGCCUGGGGCCGAGGGGCCCGGGCCUAGGAGUGGACGCACACGCACACCCGCACACACGCACCCACACACACACACUUGACCACCACCUGACUGUGAAGUAACCAACACCCAAUAAUAGCGGACAGGAAAACAAACAUUUUCCUUAAAGUUUACAACCUGCUACUGACACCAGUUGUCUCUACUGUGCUGCCCAAGGGACUUCUUGCUGGGCUGGGGAAAGAGGCCAGAGAGGGUAUGGGGGCCUGAGAUUCAGGCGGGUUUGGUGGCAAAAGAGAUUUGGGUAGAAGUCAACCAUAGGCCUCUCGUUCAGGGAGGCCAUCCUCCAAGCUGGGGAACAUUUCCCUUGGAGACAUGGCAACAUGUGGACAUUGGGCAUCCUCUCCUCCCACUACGGAUGGCCCAGAGAGAGAAAAAGAAGCCCCAGGGGUCUCUCACCCAACAGGUUACAGCUCUGUCUCUCAGCUUCCUGGCCCAGUGCUGGCCCCGCCUCCAGCUGCUCCUCUGGGCUCCGCCCCCCCAUUCAUCUGCUACUCCUUCCAAAGUUGUGGUCUCAGGGGUCUAGGGACUGAAGCACGCGGGUGCUUUUCUUCUUUAGAAAGUCCACGGGCAUCUACAAGGUGAAAGGCUAUGGUCCCUAGCCCUGGGAGGCCAAGAGUAAGCAAUGUCCUGCUAACCAGACAGAAGCAGAGGCAAAGGGUGCCACCAGCCCCCUUCAAGUGUCUUCCAAGUAGCCCUGGGGAACUGCCUGGGUGUGGGGUGGUGGGUAGACCUGCUCCCCACUGGUAUCUCAGGUGUAGGCCCUCAUGCCACGGUCCCUAGUUUCUCUGGGUCUCCGGGACUCCGACCCAUCACAGAGAGGCAACAGUGAAUGACAAGGCCUGGGGCCAGCAUGUAGAAUGUGGGGAUCGCUCCCUGCACCCUACACCCCACUUGCCUGGCUCCUGCUGUGUGCAGCAUCUCAGCCUGCCCUGGGAGGCCAUCUGCCCCACCCCACCCUGUCUUAUCCCCUGGCUAGAGGGGUUCCCAUGUUUCCAUGGAAACGGCCACCGUCCUCUUUCUGACCCACUCCCAACACCAAUCAAAGCACAAACAGUGAGGUGCCUCCUACUGCCCUGGUCAGGGAGCAGAGGCAGGGCUCCUGGCCCCUCCCCUUCCCUAGCUAGUCGGUUGCCAUGGCAACCCAGAGCCUGGCAGUUGGUGCCCAGAGCGACCAACUGACCAACCGUUGGGCUCUGGAGUUCUCUCAGUGUGGGUGGCGGCAGAGGGGGGUAAAGGAAGCCUGGCCAGGUGGCAGCUUUCUCGAGAGCCAAGAGCUUCUGGGGACAAGCUCUGGAGUCUGUUCUGGAGUCCCAAGACUAGGCUAAGGCAUUGUCCUUUGCCUCUGAGUGGGCAGUGGGCCUGUGGGGCAUUGGGACAGCUGGACCGGGCAGUUCUGCCCCCUCUGCCUGUGUGCCCCUUAGCUUCCCAUUGAGAUAGGGAGGGGCCUUCUCAGCUCAACCCCAACUUCCAGAGACACCUUCAUUCCUGCUGCUUACAUGAGAUAGGAGACUGUGACUUGAGUGAGGAGGAUGGUAGGCGAGAGGCAGAUCUCACUUGACCUGUGAGGGCUCUGACCAGGAAAGCUAGGGCUAUCCUUGGGGGUAGGGUAUGGGGAAGGACCGGGGUGGGGAGACUUGACUGAACUCCUCUAUCACAUCGACUUCGGGGUGGGCUGAGCCCAGGGCUCACUCAGGGGUGACAUUUGCAAAAAAUAAAAAUAAAAAA